GGUAACAUCAUAAAAUAGAGAUUGAAUGCUUGAGUGAAAGAAAGAGUAGUUUACGGAGUUGGUGACUGUUAACUGGCACUGUUUAUUGUGAUCUCCAUAGCGGACGAUAUGAAUUUGUUAGGUGCAGACGACAGGGAGUGAUACGGAAAGAUUAAGUGAAACGGUGGGGAAAAGGUGGGAGAAUCAAUAUUGGUCGAAGGAUUAUAAAUAUAUGAUUGAAGACAAAAAUAAAGUAAUUAUAAACGAGAAAUUCAUAAGAAAAUUGAAUGAAAGUAAAAGAUUUCAAUGAAAUGAAUGGCUUUUGCUGAAUAAUGUAAUGAUUAAUAAAUAAUAGCGGCGUAUAAAGGAAACAUACACGAGAAAAGUUUGCAUUUACGAAAGGAAAAUACGGUUUUCGGAAGAAAGAAUAAGAGAAGGAGUAAGAAAGGAGAGAAGGCUGGUGCAUUUAAUGUGCAUGUUUAUAUCAUUAAUUAGUUAUUAUUCAGUUUAUUUAGAUACCGCUUAAUCUGAGUAUCGAACAUAAAGAAAAGUAAAGAAGUAAAUAAAAUAAAUAAAAAAUGGUCGUUAUAAGGAACUACCUGGCCAUGUGGUUAUUUGUUCUAAUUGCAAAUACCGUAACAUCUGUUGAAUCAAGAAAAAUUUUGAACAUCGCUGUGAUUUUGCCGGACAACAAUGCGUAUCCCUUUUCUAUUGAUAGGGUGAAACCGGGCUUAUCAAUCGCUGUCAAGACUAUCAAAACACUUGAACUCUUAUCGGAUAAUUACGAUUUACAUGUCAACUAUGCCGACUCACGUUGUUCUUUUGUUUAUCCUAUUAAUGAAGCGAUCAACUUCUACGUCCGCAAGGAACUUGAUGUCAUUUUCGGCCCAUUCUGUGACUACGCUGCAGCGCCUCUUGCAAGACAGAUAACAUUCUGGAGUAUACCCAUGCUGACUGCAGGAGCAAUGGCAGCAGAUUUUGCAAGGUACAGAUUAUUGCAUUAUCCAUUACUGACAAGAAUCGGACCAAACUUCAUAUCUUUGACACAAUUCCUUUCGACGAUGCUGCGUGGGUAUAAGUGGAACAUCGUCCAACUAUUAUAUGAUCCAUAUGGACAAGGCUAUUUCGAGGAUAAGUUCUGUCAUAUUGCUAGUGAUAGCAUACAUUAUGGCUUGAAGGACGAAUUCAAGGCACCGUACCAAAAAUUUGAAAAAACGGAGGAUCUACUAACGGAACUAGGAACUGUCCUUGGCGUAAAUGUUGCAGUUCCAUCUCAAUCAACCUCUUGUGCAAUGAGAACAACCAUGAAGCUCUUCUACAGCAAGAAAUCUGUUCUGAUUUGGCCUCUUCUCUCAUAAUUUAACCCCUCAUCUUCUACAUAAAGCCACUUCUCUCAGGAUUUAUAUUCAUGCCAGCUGGAUGGUAACUUCAUUAGUGCUGGUGGCAUGAUAAAAGGUACCCAGUAGACACUGUAAAGGGGAAUUAGGAAAGUUAUCUAGCCAUAGAAACCAUGCCAAAGUAGACAUUAAAGCACAAUGCAGUUCUUGAACCCAUUGGAUCCUGUUAAACUUUCCAACCCAUACCAGCAUGAAACAUGAACAAUGAAUGAUGAUGGGUGAUAAAGACAAGGAACGAUAGCAUUUAGUAGAUAAGUUUAGA